UAAAGUUGAUGUUAAAAAUCAGGAUGACUUUCCUCAUCUCUGCAUUGUCUAAAUCAUGUCAAAAUAACGAAGAAACUGUUAAACUGUGUUUGUAUAUUGCUUUAUGUAAUACGAUGACAUGUGCCAUUCGAUGUUAUGAAAAGUUAGUCAUUUUCCAUAACAGAACAGAUUGUUUAAAUAACUACAUUACAUACUCUGUAUACUCACAUAUGUUGUCGUCUAUUAUUUUAAGAUGAUAAGGGAUAUUGUAUAGUGGAAACAUCAGCGAAAAUGACGUUAAAAAGCGUUCAAACAUUUUUAUAGAUUUUGUUAAUAUAUUGGAUUAACGCAAAACGAGUAAUCAAGAUCAGAGAAGGAAUAAAUGUUUUUAUAUGCUUAACAAUUGUGUCAUAUGUCUGUAUGAGGACUGUUUCAUUAAAUCAUAGUGAUCUGUGAAUAACAAGGAAAAUAACUGACACCAGUUUACGAGGUUCUGACAAACAUAAGAAUAAAUUCCAAAGUGUUUUAAACUUACGAUUCUGCAUGAAGUUAAAAUGGUGCAAACAGUUGGCGCUUGUCGGUCUAACAGAGCGUAAUGUUCCCUCUUUCUGAAAUUAAUCCACAGAGGAACGCAUCGCAAAGAUACACAUGACACUGAUAAAUCGUUGCUAUUGAUGGUGGAGGCACUGGCAAUUCCCAAGAUUCACUGACUUUCCGUAAUUUAAGCUACAGUCACAAAUACGGAUAUGUCCGUGCGUUGAGGUACGGUGUGAAUGGGAUUGGUCUGUGGGGGUGCAGACACGGAUAAAUACGGAGUAGUACGUCUUAGUACGGGAAAAUUGGUGAGAGACGGGGAACAAAAAGAUACAGGUCACAAUUAGAAAAUGUUUUUGACACAAAGAAGUCAUAAGCUGGCGGGUUUGAAUUUGUUAUUAUUCAGCCUCGUUUGUUUAACCAACUAUGAAUCCAAUACUGCACGGUUUUAUCAACAGCUGAAAACAUCUCAUGGAAACUUAGGAGUUCAUAAUAUAACAAGAAAGAAAUUCAAGUUAACCAAAGAGGAGGAGUUUGAAUUGAAAGAUGAUAUAAUAUACCGUCAACAGGUGUUCAUGGCAAAUUAUCGACCAAUUAAAAACUCCGCUGGUAUUAACUGCACAAAAAUAAUCAACAAUGAUCAGAAAGAGAUAUCAAAAUCAAAUAAGAUUAUGAGAAAAUCUAUGUAUGCAAAAUCAAAACUCACACCAGACUUUUACUUGAACAUAACAAAACAUUGCGAUGUGUUUCGUGAUUCCAGGGGCUAUAUUAAACACCCGCUUUCUAAGACAGAAUUUGAAUUUCCAGUUGCAUUUUCAGUACUUGUCUACAAAGACAUUGGACAAGUUGAACGACUCUUGCGUUCAAUAUAUAGACCUCACAACUUCUAUUGCAUACAUAUAGAUUCGAAAAUGAAGAAAACUGAGAGGGAAGCCUUCAAAACAAUUGCAGGUUGUUUAGACAAUGUGUUUAUUGCCGACAAAUUAGUUGAUGUAAAAUGGGGAGAUUUUACACUUCUGGAGGCAGAACUCAUAUGCAUGAAAACGCUUUGGGCGUAUAAGCAAUGGAAAUAUUACAUUAACCUUACUGGACAGGAAUUUCCAUUGAAAACCAACCGCGAGAUAGUUGCUAUCCUUAAAAGCCUUGAUGGGGCAAACGUUGUUGAUGGAUCAUUAUCAAGAGCGAGGAAAAUCUACUUUAAACGAUGGUCUCCGGCAGGUUCACCACCACCACAUAACAUAACACUUGUUAAAGGAUCAAUGCAUAUUGCGGCUAAUAGAUACUUUGUCGAUUUCUGCCUUCAUGACCCAUGAUCACUAGAUUUCACAGAGUGGCUAAAGAAAACAAAAAUUCCGGACGAGACUCUUUUCGCCUCAUUGAAUCAUAACCCACAUUUGGGAAUUAUAGGAUCUUUCGUAGGAGAAGCUGAGGAAUACAUUUUGAAGCCGUAUUUUCUACGUCACGUUAUCUGGCAGUUUCCAGGUCUUAGACACUGCUUUGGAAAAUUCGUUAGAGAGGUGUGCAUACUUGGUGUUAGCGAUCUUCAUAGGGCUUACCAUAGUAUUGAGUUAUUUGCCAAUAAGUUUUAUCUUGACUAUGAGCACAUAGCCCUUGACUGUUUAGAAGAACUGUUAUAUGAAAAAACAUGGAAACAAUAUAUUGACGACAUUCCUAUCGACACGUCUUAUUAUAAACAUUUACACUAUGCAAAAAUGCAGUUAAAAUCCUGACAAAUAAGCGCAGAGAACACUCAUUCGAACAUAAGUAGCUUAAAGUUUUAGUACUAUAUAUAUUUCUUCAUGUUAGGUACAUGUAGUACUACUGUAUAUCCAUUUUGUCUGUUUGUUGAUGAAAAUCUAGGGUUACAGUCAGUAAUAAGUUUGUGCGAUAUGGAUAUUUAUAUACCACCGAUCGUGUACGAUUUUUUUUUGUCUCUGUUGUUGUCAAUUGCAUAGGAUCUCAAAAUAACUUCAAGUGCAGAGCAAUUUUACUGAAAGUUAAAAUCAUAUUACACCAAGGCAUCAAUUGCUAUAUAUUAAACUGUGCUAAACCUAAUGAUAUAUUGUUCAGGUUUGAUAAACCAAUAUCUUCUUACAACACUGUGAGAAUGACAACAGUCAUUGCUUUUGUAAGUUUUAUACUGUUGUCAAUAUCCACUUUCUAUUCAAAUUGUUCUUACAUUGCAUAUACAAUAUAGAAAUCUCAAGUUUUAAUACAUGAAGUUACAUCGAAGAAAAAAAUAUACCUUAUUUUUCGCCACCAUGUUAUUUAAGUGCUGUUUGUACUUUCUUAUGUUAAUUAAUGGUAUAAUAUGUAUAUUUGUGAUAUUAUGUUUGUAUAUAUUGAUGCUUAACUGAAGUAUAAAAUGUUGUAUUUACCUAAAAUGCUAUAUCUUUACGUAAUAUUUAGUUGUUUACAUGUGAAUUUGCUGAUAUAUGUCUAACUUUUGUACAUAUGUUAUUCUCUUCAAGAAUGGAGGAAAUAAAAGAAGUAGUCAAUCAAUCAGUCAAUCAAUACUAUUAAUCACAGACUUUGUUUUCUCGUAUUUUAAGCUGUCUUUAUUCUAGUUCAUCAUAAAGCGUGAAAUGUUUUCACGUAAGUGAACGCUUAGGUUUUAUUGUAACAUAUAUCUUUGAGGCCUGCUUUCUGUAAAUAAGUUUCCAUCAUAUCUUGAUGUCUUAUUGUCUAUCUUAUUGUCUGUCUUAUUGAUGUUCUCUAUUGCUUAUUGCUUUGGUAAUCAUGUUUAUUAAAUAUGUGUAUAUUAAAUAAUAUAAUAUAUAAUCUUGUAAACGGUGGGAAUCUUACGAACUGGUUUGUUAAUAUUUCAACUAAAGUUCCGAGUAUGUUACAGCAGUAAAUAAGUCAAUAAUUCGGUUUUUUCUGUUAACAAUCAGUAACUAAUUUCUUAAUGCUAUAUUGUUUAUUUCGGUUAAAGGUGUGAGAGGGUGGGGCUUACGUACAUGGUGAGCGCUUUAGUGUGUGCCGAACUAAUUAUCCUUAAUAUUAAGGUGUUAAUUCAUCAGUUUUUAUUGUCGAGGAGGUAAAUAGCAGUGUGUAUUAAGGUACGUUGCCCUAUGGUUAGAAACACCUUACUUGAUGCUCUAAAGUAUAUAUUUGUAUUAUGUGUUAGAUUUGUAAGUUAUACAUAUUAUAUGAAUUAUGUUUUUAAGUAAUGAAAUCUAAAGCAGGCAUUAAACGGUUCAUUCGUUCAUACUAGGGUUGCUUCCAUGAAAACAGAUUAAGAAAACAACAUUGUAAUUUAAUUGAUUCAUUUGUGUUAUUUCUUUCAAACAUUUUGACAGUUGUAUUAAAGUAUUUCGCUACAGUUCGAAAACUUUGUUUUGAAAAUCAAAAAAAAACAUUGUUUAAUCUCAUAUUUUGACGGAAAAAUGAGAAAAUGCUUUCUGUUCGAUGUAACGAAUGUUUGGGGGUUUUCACUGUGUUCUGUAUAUAGUCUCAAAGGCGGAAUCAUUACGAUUAGAAUUCAUGUACGUAAGAAUGAUUCCAUAUAGGAAAUCUUGCAUGUUUAUGCAUUAACGCGACAUUCAAUAAAAUUUAAGACCUAAGAA